AUGGCAUCAACUCAAGCCCCCGGGGACCUUUCCAAGUCUAGUCGGCUCGUCUACCGAGCCCCAGAGAACGCUGAAGCGGACCUGGUCUUUUUCCACGAUCUUAUGAACGACCCUACAAUCCAAACAAUGAGUACUGGACGUCUCCCACGCCCGUGUCCCAAAACUUCUGCCGGAGAAUUCAUCAAAAUGCUCCAAGACGCCAUUCUAGGAGUGGUCAUAUGUCUCCCUCCUCAAAAUUCCACCGAAGCAGGAAAUACUCCCCCAUCUGAGAUUCCAACCUUGUUUGGGCCUGCUCAAGAUUACAAGUUAGUUCGAAUUGGCCACAUGAGUCUUUUCAACGUCAAUGGCCCCAAUGAGGCCCAUCAUCGCAGUGCGACGAUAGGAAUCUCACUUGCGGACGGGUUUCGGGGGAAAGGAUACGGUGGAGAAGCUAUCAAUUGGAUGCUGGACUGGGCGUUUCAGCAUCUUGGACUGCACAGAGUCUCCAUAAGCGCAUUUUCGUUCAACCACAAUGCUUUGAAGCUUUACAGAAAGCUUGGAUUUGUGGAUGAAGGCCGUGAACGUGAAGCUGCAUACUAUCGCCGCGCUUGGCAUGAUGUUGUCAUUUUGUCCAUGUUGGAGCAUGAGUGGGAGGUUUUGAGAGGAAUAGUGCCAGAUCAAUCAGAACGCAUUCCUCAGUCUUCCACUGAACCAUCCAAUUAA